AUGAGAACCCCAAAUUAUAUAAAUAAUAAUUAUUUUAAUAAUAAUAAUAAUAAUAAUAAUAAUAAUAAUAAUAAUAAUAAUAAUAAUAAUAAUAAUAAUAAUAAUAAUAAUAAUAAUAAUAAUAAUAAUCAAACAAAUUUAAAUGAAGAAAACAAUGAUCAAUACGAUAUGAUGAGAGAAAAUUUGAAAAUUAGAAAUAUUACAGUUAUAUUAAAAUUAUUAAUAACAAUGAAAGCUGGUAUCACAAGAAAUUCAUCUGAUACAACUGGUAUGACAAUGACUCCAUCUGAUCAAGUUCCAACACCUGGAGUAUCAAAGGAUGAUUUUAAUACUUUAAUAAUACGCCAUUUUCGUUUAUACAAUAAUUAUCCAUCUCCAUCACCAACUACUUCAUUUAACUCAACAAAUCCCCAAAACACACACCAAACGCGAAAAAGUAAUUAG